AGCUAUGUUGGCAGUUUCAUUCAGUCUGUUGGUCCACAGUGGAAUCUGGGUGAGGCAGCAUUAACAGGAUAAAUCAGGUUGCUAGUGUAGCUUAGAGGGUGACAUUUUUCCUUCAGGGGCCGGACGAAGUCUGAAGGGACCAGAGCCUGACACGGUGGAUGAUUCAAUAUGUGAAGAGCCAUCUGAAUUUAUAGAGGGGGAGAGACCUCGCCCACAAGGAUCCUCCCCUGUAGAUGAAUACCCUGAGACUGACAAAUACACUGACAUUGAUAAACAGGGUGGAGGUGGGAGUGGCAAGAAAGGAAAGAGGGGUUUUGGGUCCCUUUUUGAAAAGCGCUCCCCUGCCAAGAUGAGUCAACUGGAGAGCUCAGAGUCGGGAGUGAUUGUGAGAAUGGCAAAAGAGACAUGUGCCGAGGGUCUUGUUGUGAGCGGAGGAGGGAAGGAGGGAAUCUUCAUUAAGGAAGUGAGGCCAGAGUCCCCAGCCUCAAAGCUUCUUAGUGUACAUGAGGGUGAUCAGAUACUCAGUGCCACAGUGUAUUUUGACGAUGUUAAAUAUGAAGAUGCCAUUCAGAUAUUGGAACAUGCACAGCCUUACAAGAUGGAGUUACUUCUGAAACGCAAACCAAUAAAGAUAUCCACCCUUGAGAGUGAACCAGCCCUUGAAUUUACCCAAGUGGAACAAGGUUCCUCUCUGGAAAUGAGGGGACAUUCAAAGACAAAAAGGCACGGUGACCGAAUCUCUUGGCCCAACUUCCCCUCCUUCAGCAAAAGUCGAAAGUCCCAUUUUAAGAGGUCUCACAGUACCGCAGAUGCAGAUGAUCAAAGGAAGCUGGAGCUAAGCCCAACCACAAGUGACACAGAGUCGCCAAUCAAAUCUCAGGAGGCUGUCAAGGGCAGGACAAAGAAGCAGAAGAUAAAGUUGUCAAGUCUAAAGAUGAAGGGCCACAAGAGCAGGUCUGUUGAACAGUCAGACCAAGACACAGACAUAGAAUGUGUGCAAGUUAUGGAAAUCCAACAGAGUCAAGAUGACAUAUACUCACCGGAUGAUCUAGAGAGCACAUCAGGAGAAACACCUCAAGUAUAUGUGUUUGAAUCAGAAUCAGAAAAAAUGGAAUCCACCAAGAUAAAAAAUGAAUGCACUCUUCCAGACCUGACAGGCUCGGAAACCAAACAGCACAAGGUAGAACUCAUCAGACUGGACAAAACUUUGAAAACCACAGACAUAACAGUUGCUUUUGCUGAUCAAGAAAGUCCCUUAACCAAGACAUCUCUGGAGGAAAGGAAAAAGAAGAAAGAGAAGAAAGAGAGGUCAGAACUAAAGUUUAGGAUCAAGGAAAAGGAGAAAAAAGACAAACACAAGCAAGACAUACAUGUAAAAUCAUCCCCAAAAAGCAUGACGAUACCAGGAGCAGAUAUCAUUUCAUCUGAUCUGUCUGCACAUGACAAUACCUUGCUGAUUCCAACUAUAGUAUCACAUACUAAGCUGGAGGAGCGUCAACUCCCAAUAGACAUGUCAGAUGUAGGACUUAUCAGAAAAUCCCCUCAGGUUGGACAAGAACGAGACUUGAAAGAAACAUAUGUUAAAACAAAUUUAAAUGCACAGGAAAUGAAUGCUAAGGUCACCAGUAUAACAAUGGAACCUGACUUGCAGAUGGAAAUACAGGCUUUAAAGUUACCAACAGAGGACAAGCAUUGAUGACGUUUUAGUACAAAUUGGUACAAGGACUGCUACCAAGUUCAAGCUGCCAAGGGAGGACCUUGCUCACUUUGUUACUGACGAACCUAUAAAAAUGACAGACGUGAAGAUUGUAGAAAUGGAUGAGAAAAGCCUUAAAGUUGAGGAUAAGGGGUUGAAGAUACUUCCAAACCGUGAUGAUAUUGAGAUCCCAGGCAUGGAAGAUGCAUCGUCAACUGGCACCAAAACCCCAGUGAUCAAACAGCCUAAAACAGCAUUCACUCUUCCUGUUGAAGAAAUUCAGGCGCAGAGUGUUCAGAUGGUUAUAGACGUUGACAGAGUUAAAGAGGCUGUCUCCAAAUUGCCGGGGUUCAAGCUGCCGAAGGGUGACACUGUAGGACUGCCUGCUCAUCAAGAAAUCACAAAGACAGAUGUGAAUGCAGAAAGAGUAAACGUGAAAGUAGAUACCACCGUGUCUAAAAUCACAGACAUAAAGGCACAGUUGGACACGUAUGUCAAAAAGACUGACAUAAAUGCUUCACCUGAAAAGUUGAGCAGGAGCUCAGUUACCACAAUCAAAUUGCCAAAGAACACACUUUCUGAUCUAGGUGCUCAUGAACCUAUUACUAUGACAGAAAUAUACCAUAAAAAAAGAAAAGAGGAAGCUGGAAGGACCAACGAGUUUGAAAUCCAAAUUGAACUCCAUAAACGAGAGGACGUAGAGAUACCUGGAAUGGAAAAUAUACAUCAAAAAGGAUCUCCCAGCCAAUUGGAAAGGGAAAAAGAGUUGGCAGUACCAGUACCUGAGUGGUCAACCAUCAAAGCUGAGGAGACAAAUGUUAUUCCUUACACUAAAGGAUUAGAUAAGAAGUCAAAGAAAGCAAAGAUGCCAAUGCCUGGGUUUGGAAUAACACAACUGGAUUCGCUAUUGGGGGGACAAUUUUCAGAAACUCAACUAUCAGUGAAUGGAGAAGCAACUUCAGUUGACAUCAAAGGAGGAGCUAUAGACAUUGAUGACCAAGCUGUGGAUGUGGACGUGAAGACACAAAAAUUAAUUGAAGAACAAGAUAGAGAAUUAAAACUGCCCAAAUUUGGAAUCUCAUUACCAAAAGUAAAAGGUGCUGAAAGUUUCUCCCAAAAAAAGGUAGAUGUCAACGGAGCAGAGAGGAGAAAAGACAUCCAAGCAUCCGAGGUUGAUGUCAGUCUUGCAAAAAGAAAUGGGGAGGUCCUACAGCCAGAUGUGCACAUUAAAGCUCCAGAGAUUCAAGAUGAAGUGAAAGAUACUGUAGGUUCCCCCUCAAGAUUCAAAAUGCCAACUUUAAAGUUCCCUAAAUUUGGAGCAGCUGCUCCAAAAGUCGCCGUAGAUGUACCUGAUGUGGAAAAGGACAUUAAGGUUCAAGGAACUGAAAUACCAGAACCCAAGCUGACAAUGUCAGAAAUUAACAUUGAAAAGCCAAGUGUUGAUAUUAAAGGUCCAUCUAUAGAUAUGGAUGUCAAUCUUAAAAAACUUGAAAUGUUCACUUUACCAGAAGUCAAAGUGCAGGUCCUACCACCUAGCGUUGAACUCAAAGUGUCUUCUGGUGAAGUUGAAAUAACUGAGGGCGCGGCUAAGUCAAGAAUGUCAUUCCCCAAAAUUGGAUUUUCAAAACCUGAAGUGAAAGCACAAGAGGUUGAUAUCACUCUUUCAGAGGUGGAUAUUUCUCUUCCAGAGGGAAAGGUGGAGUUCAAAGAGCCAGAGGUGGAAAUGAAAACUCCAGAGAUUCAAGUUGAUGUGAAAGAUACCGUAGGCUCCCCCUCAAGAUUCAAAAUGCCAACUUUAAAAUUCCCUAAAUUUGGAGCAGCUUCUCCAAAUGUCACAAUAGAGGUACCUGAUUUCGAAAAGGACAUCAAGGUUCAUGGAACUGAAAUACGUGAACCCAAGCUGACAAUAUCAGCAAUUAACAUCGAAAGGCCAAGUGUUGACCUUAAAGGUCCAUCCAUAGAUGUCAAUGUCAAUCGUAAAAAAAAUGAAAAUGUCACUUUACCAGAGGUCAAGAUGAACGUCCAACCACCUAGCAUUGAACUCAAAGUGCCUUCUGGUGAAGUUGAAAUGCCUGAGGGAGCUGCUACAGAAAUGGAUGUAAAAAUGAAAAAGCCCCGGAUGUCAUUUGGAUGGUUUUCAAAACCAGAAAUGAAAGCACCCAAGGUUGAUAUCAGUCUUACAAACGUGGAUAUUUCGCUUCCAGAAGGAAAGGUGGAGGUCAAAGAGCCAGACGUGGAACUGAAAUCUCCAGAAGUUCAAAUUGAAAUGAAACAUGAUAUUGAGCUUGAGGGACAAGGAAGUAAAUUUAAAUUACCCAAAUUUGGACUCUCAUUGCCGACAGUUAAAGGUCCUGAAAUUGGCUUAAGUCUGUCAAAGACAGAUGUAGAUGUCAACUUACCAGAGGGAAGAGCAGACCUCCAACUACCUGAUGUGGAAGUCGGAAGGCCCUCUGUUGAAGUUGAAAUACCAGAAGCAGGUUCUAAAGACAUUGAUGUGAAAAUGAGAAAGCCAACAAUGUCAUUCCCCAAAUUUGGAUUUUCAAAACCUGACGUGAAAGCACCAGAGGUUGAUAUCAGUCUUCCAGAGGUGGAUAUUUCUCUUCCAGAGGGAAAGGUGGAGGUCAAAGAGCCAGAGUUGGAAAUGAAAACUCCAGAGAUUCAAGUUGAUGUGAAAGAUACCGUAGGCUCCCCCUCAAGAUUCAAAAUGCCAACUUUAAAAUUCCCUAAAUUUGGAGUAACUUCUCCAAAUGUCACAAUAGAGGUACCUGAUUUGGACAAGGACAUCAAGGUUCAUGGAACUGAAAUACCUGAACCCAAGCUGACAACAUCAGUAAUUAACAUCGAAAAGCCAAGUGUUGACCUUAAAGGUCCAUCUAUAGAUGUCAAUCGUAAAAAAAAUGAAAAUGUCACUUUACCAGAGGUCAAGAUGAACGUCCAACCACCUAGCAUUGAACUCAAAGUGCCUUCUGGUGAAGUUGAAAUGCCUGAGCGAGCUGCUACAGAAAUGGAUGUAAAAAUGAAAAAUCCCCGGAUGUCGUUUGGAUGGUUUUCAAAACCAGAAAUGAAAGCACCCGAGGUAGAUAUCAGUCUUACAAAUGUGGAUAUUUCGCUUCCAGAAGGAAAGGUGGAGGUCAAAGAGCCAGACGUGGAACUGAAAUCUCCAGAAGUUCAAAUUGAAAUGAAACAUGAUAUUGAGCUUGAGGGACAAGGAAGUCAAUUUAAAUUACCCAAAUUUGGACUCUCAUUGCCAAGAGUUAAAGGUCCUGAAAUUGGCUUAAGUCUGUCAAAGACAGAUGUAGAUGUCGACUUACCAGAGGGAAGAGCAGACCUCCAACUACCUGAUGUGGAAGUCGGAAGGCCCUCUGUUGAAGUUGAAAUACCAGAAGCCGGUUCUAAAGAUAUUGAUGUGAAAAUGAGAAAGCCAAGAAUGUCAUUCCCCAAAUUUGGAUUUUCAAAACCUGAAGUGACAGCACCAGAGGUUGAUAUCAGUCUUCCAGAGGUGGAUAUUUCUCUUCCUGAGGGAAAGGUGGACGUCAAAGAGCCAGAGUUGGAAAUGAAAACUCCAGAGAUUCAAGUUGAUGUGAAAGAUACCGUAGGCUCCCCCUUCAAGAUUCAAAAUGCCAACUUUAAAAUUCCCUAAAUUUGGAGCAGCUUCUCCAAAUGUCACAAUAGAGGUGCCAGAUUUGGACAAGGACAUCAAGGUUCAUGGAACUGAAAUACCUGAACCCAAGCUGACAAUAUCAGCAAUUAACAUCGAAAAGCCAAGUGUUGACCUUAAAGGUCCAUCUAUAAAUGUCAAUCGUAAAAAAAUGAAAAUGUCACUUUACCAGAGAUCAAGAUGAACGUCCAACCACCUAGCAUUGAACUCAAAGUGCCUUCUGGUGAAGUUGAAAUGCCUGAGGGAGCUGCUACAGAAAUGGAUGUAAAAAUGAAAAAGCCCCGGAUGUCGUUUGGAUGGUUUUCAAAACCAGAAGCGAAAGCACCCAAGGUAGAUAUCAGUCUUACCAACGUGGAUAUUUCGCUUCCAGAAGGAGAGGUGGAGAUCAAAGAGCCAGACGUGGAAAUGAAAUCUCCAGAAGUUCAAAUUGAAAUGAAACAUGAUAUUGAGCUUGAGGGACAAGGAAGUAAAUUUAAAUUACCCAAAUUUGGACUCUCAUUGCCAAGAGUUAAAGGUCCUGAAAUUGGCUUAAGUCUGUCAAAGACAGAUGUAGAUGUCAACUUACCAGAGGGAAGAGCAGACCUCCAACUACCUGAUGUGGAAGUCGGAAGGCCCUCUGUUGAAGUUGAAAUACCAGAAGCAGGUUCUAAAGAUAUUGAUGUGAAAAUGAGAAAGCCAAGAAUGUCAUUCCCCAAAUUUGGAUUUUCAAAACCUGAAGUGACAGCACCAGAGGUUGAUAUCAGUCUUCCAGAGGUGGAUAUUUCUCUUCCUGAGGGAAAGGUGGACGUCAAAGAGCCAGAGUUGGAAAUGAAAACUCCAGAGAUUCAAGUUGAUGUGAAAGAUACCGUAGGCUCCCCCUCAAGAUUCAAAAUGCCAACUUUAAAAUUCCCUAAAUUUGGAGCAGCUUCUCCAAAUGUCACAAUAGAGGUGCCUGAUUUGGACAAGGACAUCAAGGUUCAUGGAACUGAAAUACCUGAACCCAAGCUGACAAUAUCAGCAUUUAACAUUGAAAAGCCAAGUGUUGACCUUAAAGGUCCAUCUAUAGAUGUCAAUCGUAAAAAAAAUGAAAAUGUCACUUUACCAGAGGUCAAGAUGAACGUCCAACCACCUAGCAUUGAACUCAAAGUGCCUUCUGGUGAAGUUGAAAUGCCUGAGGGAGCUGCUACAGAAAUGGAUGUAAAAAUGAAAAAGCCCCGGAUGUCGUUUGGAUGGUUUUCAAAACCAGAAGCGAAAGCACCCAAGGUAGAUAUCAGUCUUACCAACGUGGAUAUUUCGCUUCCAGAAGGAGAGGUGGAGAUCAAAGAGCCAGACGUGGAAAUGAAAUCUCCAGUUCAAAUUGAAAUGAAACAUGAUAUUGAGCUUGAGGGACAAGGAAGUAAAUUUAAAUUACCCAAAUUUGGACUCUCAUUGCCAAGAGUCAAAGGUCCUGAAAUUGGCUUAAGUCUGUCAAAGACAGAUGUAGAUGUCGACUUACCAGAGGGAAGAGCAGACCUCCAACUACCUGAUGUGGAAGUCGGAAGGCCCUCUGUUGAAGUUGAAAUACCAGAAGCCGGUUCUAAAGAUAUUGAUGUGAAAAUGAGAAAGCCAAGAAUGUCAUUUCCCAAAUUUGGAUUUUCAAAACCUGAAGUGACAGCACCAGAGGUUGAUAUCAGUCUUCCAGAGGUGGAUAUUUCUCUUCCUGAGGGAAAGGUGGAGGUCAAAGAGCCAGAGUUGGAAAUGAAAACUCCAGAGAUUCAAGUUGAUGUGAAAGAUACCGUAGGCUCCCCCUCAAGAUUCAAAAUGCCAACUUUAAAAUUCCCUAAAUUUGGAGCAGCUUCUCCAAAUGUCACAAUAGAGGUGCCUGAUUUG